GCCUAUGGUAUGUAUAAGAGGAGCCAGCCACUAACACGAGCAGCACAGACAUAGCCAAAGGGUAGUAAGAUCUUCUACACUAAAAGAAAGUAAUGAAGAAAAAAAACAGGUCAAGGAAUUUGGAAAAUUAUCCCUACAAAUGCAACUACUAAAUGAAACUUUUUUAACCAAGGGAAACAAUCCAAGAAGAGCUUCUAAGAAUGAGUCGAAAUACUUGUUGGCUUUGCAAGAUAUUCAGAGCAGAAGAAAAUGGGAUCAGUUCUAACAAUACUGAGGAGUGUCUGAUGACUCCUGAAACUGCCAUUUGGGUGAGGUUAAGUAGCAGAAAUCCAGACAGCAUUUCCACAAGUGCCUGCUGGAUGAGGACUUCUCUCCCACACAGCAGUGGCCAGAGGAGCCCCUCACACUGGAAAAGAGUGUCUUUGGAAGAAGUGCUACAAUGGUCCCAGUCUUUUGAAAAGCUUGUAACAAGUAAAUAUGGGCCUAUGAUCUACAAGACCUACUUGAAAACAGAGCACAGUGAUGAAAACAUAGAAUUUUGGCUUGCUUGUGAAGCUUAUAAGAAGAUCACGUCACAGAGGAAAAGGAUUUCCAUGGCCAGGAAACUUUUUACAAGUUACAUUCAACCUCAGGCUCCCAAUGAGAUUAAUAUUGACAGUCCUGCGAGGAAAGCAAUCAUAAGAAAUAUUCAAGAGCCAACACAGUCCUGUUUUGAUGAAGCACAGAGAAUAAUUUACAUGCACAUGGAAAGAGAUUCUUAUCCACGAUUUCUUGAAUCAAAGUUCUAUCAAAAACUCAAACACAGCCUUCAAAAUAAUGGCGAUAAUUAAAUGAUGAAGAGAAAGGCUGAAAAUUUAGGAAGGCUUCUUGUGGCAUGCAAGCGUCUAAGAUUUAAAGUAGACAGGAGAAAUCAAGCAGUAAUGUGCUCAACUGUUUUGUUGAUGUUCAAAUUGGCGAGACACUAUCCUCCCCCUUCCCUUUCUUUUCCCAUGGAAGAGUUCUGGUUUCGUUUUCCUCUCCUCUCAACAAAACCUUAAAAGCUAGCAAAAACUAAGUAAACCAAAGUUUCAGCCAAAAAUUAUAGCCUAAGGUUCUACUCUUUUAUUGAUACUUUUCAACUCAAAUAACAUUUUCAGUAUUGUUUUGAAUGACCUCAAGUAAAAAAAAAAAAAAAUUGUCUUCCUGCUAGGAAAUAAAUAUUUAUUUGGCUAUACAUAACACAGAAGAAAAAACAUCUGCAUUGCUGCAUUGACUUUGUGUUGUUGCUUUGUUAUACUCUUCCAAAGUAAAAUAUGAUAAGUUGUGAGGUACAGCUGCUUGCUUAAGCCAUGAAGCAUAGCAUUCACGUGGCGUAGAGUCAAUUUAUGCUAAAUUAUGAUGUACAACAUAUGCUGUAAAGGUACUUUGUCUACAGCAUACUGUAAUACUACCAGUGUUUCCUGAAUUUAUCUUCACUUAUGAAGCUCAUUUGUCUUUUUUUCUGGGUAUGGACACAAACAUAUCACUUUCCCUUUGGCAUCUGAACAUCAUACUGUAACACAAGCAGGUUGGCCUCUCAUGCAUGCACUGUAAAAGACACCUUGCUUAUGUAUUGAUCAAGUAUCAAAAACUGGCUUACAUUCAAAAAACAAUCUAACUUCUCAUGUCUCAUUAAAACUGGAAUCUCUUAAUUAUUUUAAUGGUCUUAAGCAUAGACACUAAAACACAGUAAACCAGGGACCUUUUUGCAUCCUCUCAAGCUGCAUUAUUUCAAGGAAUACAAAGAACAAAUUCUGACAGCAGCCCCAUCAACCCCGGUAGCAUCACACUGAUCCUCUGGGAUGAUUUCACAGGAGAAAUGAAGUAUUCAUUCAGUUGGAUACAUUUAUUUGACUGAGGCUAUUUCAAUCAUGUUGCCAGUUCAUGCUUUUUAACACUUUAAGCUGUAACUUGCCUGCCUAGUUUAAAAAGGUAAUUUUUGUGACAAUGUGGUAAAUCAUUGCCUUGCUUCUGCUGGGAAAACUCAGUCUUUCUGUGGGAGGCUCACAGCAGUCCUUUGUGCCACCUGCUUAACCACAGUAAGUUUUUGUUCUCCCCGAGAACCUCCUUUACUUCUCCAAUGUGAAUGUCCCAGCCUUUUCCUUACAAGGCGAGCAUGAAAACACAGGUCAGUGCAGACAGCGAACAAACAAUUGGGUUUUACUUUGGUGGCAUCUGUCCUGUAGCGAGGCAACACUAUACUUGUUAAGAUGUUUCUCUUGCCAGUGUAAUAACAUAUUGUAUGUAAACAUUUUAAGGUAAAGUCUCAAUCCCUCCUAAAAAAAUAAUCAUUGUUUAGGGCCUCCCUGAGCAGUGGUACUAUUGUGGUGCACAAUAUAGCUGGGAAGAGGGACAGUGAUUUAUUGAUGGCAGAUGAGCACGCUUAUCAACAGCUACCAAAUGCAUGAUAUUACAUCUGGCUUUGCAUUAAGUUAUAUUGGUAAACCGUAACUGUGUGUGUGUGCUCUAAUGUCAACAAAACUAUAGUAUAAGUGGUCAUGUUGUAACUUAUCAAUUAUCUAAGGCUCCACAAAUUCAUUUCAUCCAUCAUUUUUAUGAUAUUCUCAAGCUAGAAUUUAUGUACAUGCCUAAAGCAGAAUGAAAAGCAAGUAUAAGCAUAAUCUACACUAGUACAGAAACCUUAAAGAUAGCAAGUACUGUAAGAAAAGAGAUUGUUAGUAUAGGAGAUAAUCCUGUCCUUUUGCAUUGACCCCAUAUAAAAGGAUUAUCAUAGCAACAUGUGAUUAUUCAGCUUGUAAAGCCACUGUCAGCAAGCAGGGACACCAUAGGAAAUCCAGGCAGGGGUAGCAUAGCUUUCUGUAUGUACUUCUGAGGUACGUACAGUGCACUUUGGCUUCACAGAUCCUGCAGAUGCCUCAGCCUCAGAGCAAAGAAAAACUAUAGGAACUAUUAAAAAGCAAUUCCUACAGGGAAGUAGACCUGUGACAAAAGUCAGCCUGAGCAGAGGAAAAAGCAAAUAAACAAGGGACUACACUAUGAAAAGCCUUCCCAUGUCUGUGAGGAUCAGAAAUUCAGAAGACCUAGGUAUUGCUCUCUAAAUGGAAAAGACUUGUAAUGACCAAGGAUAAUAGCUCUGCACAUCCAAACAGGCCUAGCAUGCAGUCUUCUGAAGGGCUUACAGGAAGAGGCUGGUCAGGUAGUGUGACAGAACAUUUCUCCUUGCAGAAAAGAGAUUAUCCAGAAGGAGGAAAAAAAAAAAAAUCAUCCACAGAGAAUGCUCAGAGAAAUCAUAGAGGGACUCACAAACACUUUUACGGCAUGAAGUGUUUAGCACUUAUUUUGAUAACAGGUCAUGAGUCUAGCAACCCUUAUUGCUGGUGGACUUAUUAACUUUAUAUUUCCUUCUAGAAAUAACUAAAAAGUUGAUUGUUUUUUGGGUUUUUUUUUCUAGUGAUGUCUCCCACCCCCCCAAGUUGGAAAAAGAGAGGGUCCUUUUCCCCAAAUAGAUUUAUUGUUAACUGUUAGAGAUCUUUCUCUUGCUUGAUUUUUCUUUUAUGUUAUGAGAGGCAUGACAGUAACAGUGUAUUUCAUCAGAUCACAUGAUUCAUAAAACAGUAACUACUGGCAGCAGCAAAAACAAAUCACCGCUUUUAACAUUUUCAUUAACAGCACUUGAAUAAGCUCAGGUAUACUUUCCACUGGCAGACAACACUAAAAGGCAUUUGCUCACAUUAAUCACCCAAAGCUACUGUUAAAAAAGAUAAACUUUAUAACAGCUAAAUUUGCAGAAUUCUUUGUCAUUCUUCCCUCUUUACUUAACAAGAACAAAAAAAAAAUGAAAAUAAAUCCAAUGGCAAUUCUUCAAACACAUUAAAUUUGGGAAGACAAAAAUGUAGAUUAAUCAAACCACUAUAGCAAUUAACUGUAUUCAACCCUGGAAACUGUUGACCUAUCAAGGCUCUGUAAAAAAACAACCCAUAGUGGACAGAUGGUCUGGGGUUUUGGGUGGGUUAUUUUGUUGUUGCUGUUGUUUUAAAAAGAGCUGACAAUUAGAUUUUUUUACUUUGUAAAUGUGAGGUGUGCAUGAGCUUCUUUCUUGACAAAAGUGAUUAAACUUACACCCUAUUGUUA